AUGGAUCCAAUUGACCAUACCCACCCUGCCUUUGGGCUUAACCAACCUGCUUUCGACUCCCAGGCUUUCAAUGCCUUUGCCAACCUGGAUGAUGGCGGGUGUUUCAAUGCUGCAAGUGGCUUCACCUAUGACAGCCUUGAUUCUAUGAUCAGCUUCGACGAGUGCUAUGCCAGUAUUCCUGUCGAUGCCUUCGAUCAGUCUGGCCCUGACAACGUCCCUCUCCAGCCAGCAUCCAACAAUCUCCCACUGCAUGCACCCCACAGACAGGUGCCCUACGACCCCUCGAUCGGGAUUCCAUACACCCCAGAGGAUACUGACGCCGACAAGAUCCGGAAGUGGGAGAACCUCAUCGCCCAUGCCGAUCUGGCCAAUGCUGGCGUCCCUGCCUCUGCUUCUCAGAUCAUUGAAGAAGCGAGCGUUGGACAAACCCCACAGAGUGCGAACUCGCCCAACUCACUGUUUGACUGUCCUCGCUCUCCGUCCGUCGAUAUUGUUCAGACUCCCAGCCCCACUCCGUCAACUCCCUCCCCUUCCCAAGCUCCUGCAGCCACAAUGGCACCUUCGAAGGCCGCGAACCAUGUCACUGCACGUGCCACUCCUCAAGCUGUGCAGCUGCCCCGUGCCUUGACAAACCGGAAGAACUAUGCUCAGCAUGUAUCCCCCUUCGCCCCCGUCGCAACUGUUCUCCCCCCUGUCUCCUCUGUGCAGACUUCUCGGGAGCUCGAGAAGGCUCGCUCCCGGAUCCAGAGCCUUGCAAGAGAACGAAACUAUUACCAACGCGCCUUGCGCAAGGCGACCAGCGUCGAUCCGAAGUCUGGUAAGACCAGCCUCCAGAUGCUGCAGACAGAGAAUGCGACCCUGCGCCGGGUCAACGCCAAGCAAGCACAAGAAUUGCUGGAACUGAAGGAGCAGACCAAGCACAAUUGGUCCCAGCAUGCCUCACUUGGGGAUCAGUACAAUGCUCUAGCCAAGCAGUUGCACCGCACCCUAAUUGAACUUAAGGAAUUGAAGGGCGAGUGCUAG